CACGUUUCAUUUGUCCCCGCAUGCCACUAAGCGGCCAAACAAACGUGCUUUUCCCAGCACUGAGCAGCCCAGGACGAGUAGGUGUACUUUUUACUUAGGAUAUGGUAAACACAAGGUUUCCUCUGGUGUGACCUCGCGUGUUUUCUGUCCGGCUGGCCCGCCUCUGCGUCCUCCUCCAGCUGCAGCGCACAAGCCGAGGCAGAGCUCCGUCCCAAGCGCCGCAGCUGCCCGAAGGGAAAGAUGGGAUCCGCAGGAUACGUGAGCUCGGUGCUGCUGCUUGUUUUUCUGCUGGGGCUUCAUCACUCCUCAGGUUUCUGGAUCGUCAACGUUGUCUUUCCUCCCCCAGCCAAACCUAAAGUACCAAACAACAGCACUCCUCCACUCAUUAUCGUACCCGGGAGCUUGGGGAACCGUCUGGAAGCCAAAAUAGACAAGCCGUCGCUGGUCCACUGGUUGUGCUACAAGAAAAGCGAGCACUGGUUCCCGCUGUGGAUCAACCUCAACAUGUUCAUGCCCAUCGGUGUGAACUGCUGGAUCGAUAACAUCAGACUCAUUUACAACAGGACAACUCGGCAGUCAACCAACUCACUGGGGGUGCAGGUGCGAGUGCCUGGAUUUGGGCAGACCUAUUCCAUUGAAUAUCUUGACUAUAACAGGCUGGCUGGUUACUUUUACACCAUGGUAGAACAGUUGGUCAGCGUGGGCUACAUCCGAAAUGAGACCAUUCGUGGAGCACCGUACGAUUGGAGAUUAGCUCCGAAUGAGAAUGCAGAGUACUUAACAAAGCUGCAAAACCUGGUCGAGGAGAUGUACAACCAGUACCAGGAGCCCGUUUACCUGCUGGGGCACAGCAUGGGAUGCCACUACGUCCUCUACUUCCUCAACCACCAACCUCAAGCCUGGAAAGACAAAUACAUCAGGGGCUUCAUUUCUCUUGGAGCACCAUGGGGAGGUGCAGUAAAAGUACUCAGAGUCCUGGCUUCAGGUGUAAAUGACGGCAUCUCAAUGAUUUCGAACCUCAAUAUUCGCGAGUUGCAGAGGAUGGUAAUGACCAAUCUCUGGAUGCUGCCAGUAGAGGAUGUCUGGCCAAGUGAUCACGUAUUCAUCUCCACGCCGACCUUUAACUACACUAAAAAGGACUACCAACAGUUUUUCAAAGACAUCGAUAGUGAGGACGGAUGGUACAUGUGGGAGGACACCAAGAACCUCACCAGUGAUCUCCACCCACCUGGCGUUGAGGUGUGGUGCAUGUAUGGCAUGGGCCUUCCAACUGCUGUAACAAACAUUUAUAACGAGGAAUUUCCCAACGGGGACCCAGUGGACUUUGUUUAUGCCGAUGGAGACGGCACAGUGGACACAAUGAGCAUGAGUCUAUGCAAACGCUGGGUGGGGAAGCAGGAGAAGCCCGUUCACGUCACAGAGUUCAGAGGCCUGUUACAUCUCGAUAUGGUGUUCCAUGAAAAGGUGCUCAACCAAAUCCAGGACAUCCUGGAUGGCAAAUCAGACACGCCCAACGAAGUUAAUGUCAAAUUUGACACUUAAUUGAGGCAUUUAAGAGUUUGGUUUGAAACCACACAGAGUGCUGUAUUCUUAUGCAGAUGACUUUUGAGCCAGUUCAAAUAUCAAGCUUAAAACAAAUAUCAAUACAGUAUCUCCUGUUAUCUCAAGUAGGUGCAACAGCUCCAAACCAAUAUGGACUUGGGGGGAGAAUCUAUCCAUGACUCCCUCUAGCAAAUAGCCGUGACCACUUUAUCUAAACUCAACGCUGCUGACUCGACAGUGUGGGUUUUUAACCCUGACCUGAUUAUUUCUGCUCUGAAGCUGCGUAUUUAGUUACCUUACAUCUGACGAUGAUUAUAGUGACAAUUUGUGGUAAUUGUGGAAAUGCAGUAAUCACAGUAAUUACAAAUGUAGUAACAGAUUUAUUUUAAUGAUGUUUUAUUUUGUUGUUGUCAUCUGUGUGGUCCUGUUACAUCAUCAUUAUUAUUUUCAAAGUUCAUGCAUAAAGAUCCAAUAAAUAUGAGCCAUUU